AUGACCGUUCAACGUUUUCUCCGAGGCACGGACGUGGAGAGCGCCUUUAAUUUAAUCAAACUUCUGAAAUUACAAAAUAGCUACACUCAGCAAGAAGUGAUCAAAGGUCAGGCGAAACGAGAACAGUCGCUCGUAGAGCUGAAGGAGCACAUACACAAGUACUACAUACCUCUCGGGAGACAGUUCAUGGUGCUGUUCCCUGAAGGAGGCUUCCUGCACAAGAGGAGGGAAGUCAGUCAGAGGUUUGCCGAGAAGAACAAUCUACCAAAGUUAGAGUACGUCUCGCUGCCUCGCGCCGGUGCUUUGAAGAUCAUCAUGGAGGAGGUGGGCCCGCAGGUGCCUACCGCCGGCACGUCCAAACAAGGAUAUAAAAAAGGUACAGGGACUUCGAGAGCUGUAUUAAAUGAUUUCAAUAGUACAAGACCACCAAAAACAUUUUCAGAUGACGUGAAUCAGAACAGCACACGUAUCAUAGACACGAAGAGCGGCGACACCAUCGAGUGGGUGCUGGACGUCACUAUCGCGUACCCGGACCGCAUCCCGCUGCACUUGCAGGACAUCGUCUGCGGCACGCGCCCGCCAUGCCGGACCCACCUGCACUACAGGCUGUACCCCAGCAGCGAGGUACCCACAGACACCGAAGGAAUGACCCAGUGGUUAUACGAUAGGUUUAUAGAGAAAGACAAAAUGUUAGAGGAGUUUUACCGGACGGGACAGUUCCCGUCCAAGGAUAGCAGCACGCAAGUAGUUAGGCAAGAAAACGUAUACGGAAAACGAGUGAUUGCGGUCGGCCUAAGGCGCGUCAUCGAUUAG